UGGUUAAUAAAUGGACAGUGGUGACAUUUACUUGUACUGGCCCUCUAUUUAAGACAAAGAAUACAUGUGGAGAUUAACAGAAAGUUGGAGCUUUCAGACCAAAAACCUGAAAGGCCAAUCCAUUCACAAAAAUGUAUAAGUUGUGCGCACUGAUAGGAUUACUUUUUGUAAUAGAAGCAUGCUUGGCUCGACCGGGGUCAGCUCCUGAACGACGUGGUCCUCCGGCCAAACGUCCACGUGGACCCCCACCCAGACGUGGACCCCCACCACCCGCCAGAGUUCAACCUCCACCUCCCCCGAGAGGCAGGAGACCCCCUCCCCCACCACCACCACGUAGAAGACCACCACCACCACCACCAGCUUACAACUAUUAUGACUAUUAUCCUACAUCAGCGCCAUCUUACUUCUUACCCGACGAUUGUGAUUGUAAUACCGGUGAUUGUCCGCCAGGUACCAGAUACGAGGGCUCCUGUGGAGACGAUAAGAACUAUUGUUGUUAAUCCAUCCUUAUGUCAGGUUACCAGUUAUUACGUCCUUAAAAACUUUUUAUUAAAAGUUGGAAAGACGGGAGAUGAAGAAGAACACAAUAACAUGCGUGCGUGAACAAUCUGAGUACUUUCUACUGUAUAUCACUG